UUCCCUAUUUCGUUGGUGCAUGACGUAAUCAUCUAGCAGCAGAAAAUGCCGUGCUGCACUUCCGUGAGCGAGGUUAACCUGCGCUGCACGAAAAAGAUCAGCGACGCCGCCCGCUUUCAGAUCUUUCGCGCUCUCCAGUGCGUGACCCCGGAGUCGAACAAGCUUUACAGAUGCAUCGAGAGCUCGGCGAAGCGAUUCAUCCUCGACGACGACGAUUGUACUUUGGAUUACGCGAGAGUCAAGGACAGGCCCAAAUGCGGACGACGGGAGGAUUCGAGCGAGGCCUCGGAAUGGAGCUUGUUCUGUCGCAUGUUCAAGAAGCAAUGCCCUUACACGGAAAUCGAGCUGAGAGCCUUCGCCAAAGUUAUUCUGCAGGCGUUGAACGAGAAAUUGGCCGAGAACGUCAAAGAUUGCCCGGAGGAUGAUCGUACCAUCACCAGCGAGGGCACCAAGUACGAAAUAGUCGUUUUCUCAGAUCCCGAAGAUCCCACGUGUUACUGCUCCGCCAGCGACGUAACGUCGAGCGGCGCUGGUCCGGAUACGUGCGACUGCUCGUCCGCCCGCACCGAAGAUCUUACUUGCAAGGAACGACACGAACUCAGGGGUGCUUGCAAAUGCCGACCGAAUCCCAUCAAGUUUCGCCAUUUCUGGGUCGGCUCGAAGGACGAUCUCGAGGACGAUGAGGAUCGGAGUAAGCAGCCCUGCGAACUGUUCAAGCUCGAUUACAUGGGCGCGUCUGACGAGAUUGGCAAGUGGGGAGCGUUUCUCGAUCUGGUAAAUCGCGUACUGCAACAUCGUGAUUUAAAACUGAUCGAGAUAUCGAAACGAAUGAGCCACGCGCAGAACGUCGAGAUUGUCUGCGACGGCGAAAGCUGUCAGAGAAAGUACAGCUUUCGUCACUUGAACCGUUACAACUUCAUCGAGUUUUUCGGCUUUUCGAAGAUAUGUCGAGAAAUGAUGAAAUGGUCGAGCUGCAUCGCCAAAAGAUGGCAAAGAAUAACGAGCAAUCCACACCUUAUAAUCCAUCUGCCGUCCUUGGGCUAUCCCUGCCCCUUGAGAUGCAAAAUACGAGGACAGUUCAAGUCGCUGCAAAAUAUUCAGAUCGGACGUCUUGGCUGGUUGGUAAACGAGCAGGCGCAAGUGGUGUACGUCCACCCGGGAAAAUCGAACAGCGAGACGAGUUGCGUUUUGCAGAAUUUCAUCAAGCUCGCCAGGCCCGACUGCGAUUUAUCGAGAUUGUGGAUAAUAACCAACGACGACAACGAAUGUUUCUGCGAGGAAGUCGACGAAAAGUAUCGUAGCGGAUGUGAAACUCUGUUUUAUACGCCAGACGUUUAUCGUCGAGUUCGACGUCUUACGGCCGGCCGUCACGGGUUCAUAAUUCCCGGCGUUCUUACCAAAACCGACUUCUUCAUCGCUUGCGAAUUGAUGACUCCAGUAAUGGGUCCCUGUUUAAAGAGCCAAGAGCGUUUGUCAAACAAGAGCUACGUGAUGUCUCUGCUGGCCGAGGCAAAUAUCCCACACCCCCCGUUCGAGAUCGUCGAGACAUUCGUCGAAGUAAGGCAUGAAGAUGAAGAGCGGAUUUUGCGGCAAUCAGAGUGCAUCGGUCGUGCUCAGCGGCUCGAUAUACGACGUCGCGGAGGUUCGUGUCCCACAUUUUCACUUAUUAUCAUCAUCGUCGUCGUGCGCUGCUCUGCCUCGGCUCAUGUAUUUCCAUUUGCGAUCCGUAACCGACAUUGUAAUGCGGAAUUCGAUUUUUCAUUCCGCAAGGAAGUUCUGCCGUAUUAUCUGGCCGAUUUAUUGCCGAAAAAGCUGAGAGUCAACAAGCUGGCCUACAAGAGCGCAUUCGAGUAUUUUAACGAUUUGGAACGAUACGGUGGUGUCGUUACGCUUAGCCCAUCGAGCAAUUAUCGUACGAUUAGCUUGGGCGGCUUCAUAGAGCACGACACGGCCAAGGCGAGGUUGCGCACCAGCGCCGAAGUCGUGCAGAUGAGAUUGAACCGGGAUAGCGAUCAUCCCCUGGCGAAGAACUGCAAGAGCGACGUCGGAUACAUCAUACCGCAGACGAGCUUAUCCGAGCCGACGAUCGAGCGACUCGUCGACAAACUCGGUCAGGUAUUGGUCCUCGAGCAGUUCAUUGGCUUCUUCGGCGUGGAUCUCGUAGUUUUCGAUCCAGAUGACUGGCUAGAUAAUGAGGAUCUGAAUUAUUGGGUCGUUGAUUUUGAUCCUUAUUACACGGAUUUGAUAUCUUUUGACGAUUGGAGGAGAUUCUGUUUGAAUACGCCGUAUAUUACGAGUGAUACGCAGAUUGAGCUUGAAUGCAUUGAUAAUGUUCCAGUGGUGACGAAGAAAAAGUUUAAGCCAGAAACAGUCGAUCGUUUUGUUAUCUGCAGUGGUAAAUUGUUCAUUGAAGGCUUAUCCGAGUGUCCAAUGCAAUUUUUCGAAGAAGUAUUUCUACACUCCAAUAUCGCUUACAGUCCUAAGGCAAAAAUAGGUUGUAUGAUAUGUCCGAUAAGCAACUCGAAAAAAAAUUACCUCCUUUUUUCGAUUUAUCGCACAAAGGAUCAAGCUCUGCAAUAUUUUCUUCAAGCGCUCAAAGCUUUGUACUUCGCCUCCGUGAAGGCCACGAAGUCUCGAGGCGGCUCAAAGGGGUCGAAGAGUAAUUUAUUGGAUUUGAUUUACGACGUGAAAGAAGCUUACAAUAUCGUUGAUUGCCACUUCAUUGCAAAGAGAGAUACAAAUAGGACGUCGAAGAGGAAAAGAGGAAAAGAAGUGAAUGAACGUCGGCCCUGUAACGCCUGUAAUUUCGAUGAACUUCAUGCCGUCAGCAAGCACAGUGUUUUUUAAAUCUCUAGCGGCGGAUUGUGAAUCUUUGACUAGAAAAAAAUACAUCAGCUUUAGAAUUCUUUAGUCACUAAUUUGUGCAUCUGUGUAAAUUUUUGCGAACGUUUAAAUGUCAACAGUCGAUAAAGAACCACACUCAUGUUUAAAUAUAGACUUUGUUUUUAUCGACGUCGGGUACGCGUGUAUAUUAUGGAAUUUAGUAUGGAGCUAUAUAAGUAAAAAGCCAUGGAAAUUAUUAGACCAAUUUAUUGUUACAAGUUGUUUAACUUGAUUACUGAUAAGGGGUCGUUAAAAAAAAAAUAAGAAAAGUAAACAUUUUUGUCGUACAAUAGGCUUUCUUUAGUUACGAAACGGCAUACAAUUAUAGUCAUACAAAUCAUACAAUUAUAUAAAGAAAAUAAAAAAAAUUUAGAAAAAUUAGUGAGCUUUAUGCAUAUAUGUGCAAUUUUCAAUUCUGAUUAAGAAAUUAUUUUUUAUAUACAUGCGGAUCAAAUUAUUAAUCAAAAUUAGUUAAAAGUAUUAUUGGUGAUUCUUUAUGCACGCAUACUUAUAUUAUAAUCAAAAUGGUUGUAUUAGUAAAAUAAUGAAAUUUAGUCGCAUUUAACUAAUCGUUCUCUACUAUAAUAUCAAUUAUUGCCGUGCAAAUAAUUGAAACUUUGAAAAAAGUAAAAAAAAGUAAUUAGAUUCAACAUCUCACAUGACAUUCAAAUGUCGUAAGUUUUUCGACGCAUGAGUGCGAGAGAACUCCUGCGGACACGCGCAACGCGAUUAAAACUGAGCACUGCAGCGAAAAUCAUCUUUUAUUCGAAUAUAUGUGCUGUACAUUUCCAUAUAUUGUAUGAAAAGAGAAUCGCAAGCGAGGAGAAAGAGAGAGAGAGAGAGAGAGAGAGAGAGAGAGAGA